CCUUAUCCACUCCUUCAAAUGCGGGUGACAAUGACCGAUGUCUUGAAAUUACUGUGAUUCCCUAAAACAAAACAUUUUCCCUAAUUCCGCUGAAAUCCGGGGAAAAAUGGAGGCAGGAGUGAGAGUGAGAGUGUUCAAUACUCUUUCACCAGGCUCAAGGCCAUGCUAAAUAAUCCCCAAAUAAGUGAUAAAUGAAUAAUUAGCAGAAUGUGAAUUUAUAUUAAUCGAGAGAUGAAGUGAGUGAGUCUAGUCCCCUCGUGACCCUUUGAUUACGACCUAAAACGUACCAACUAAACAAAAUAACUUGAUAAAUUAGGAAAAAAAUAAUUAAUCCGAGUUAAAUGUCAAUUUGUGGGUGAUGGGUUAUGUGAGAGACCCUGUUCCGUGGCCUGAAGCCUUCGAUACUCAUAAUAAAAAAGGGAAUUGACUGAAAAGAAAAUUAAUGGGGAGAAUCAAUCGAUUCCGUUAAUCCGGUGCUUAAUAAUUAAUCUAGUCAGAGUUGCUGAAGGGGUUGAAACCCAAACUUUCCUCCACAGAACCAAUGAACACCUAGAACUGAAAAUUUAAUAAAAAUGAUAUUAAUAUUUUAAACUUAUUUUAUUAUUAGCUAGAGGUGGUGAACAAAUUAAUUAAUGGAAAAUAAAAUAAUUAUUAAUUAUGGAGCAUAGUGAUCCCGGUGGGGUAUCGAAAGCCGAAAUCUCCCCGCGUCUCAAGCAGAAGAAGAAAUCCCUCUGUCAAAUUUUAAUGAAUAAGAAAACAAGGGUCGGUUGUAUGGAGGUGUCGUACAAGGAUUCAGAGUCUCACGAUACUUCGAAAAUUGAGAACUCUCAGACUUCUCACACGAGCACAAAAUUAUCCCUCUGCUGUGCGAUGACCGAGAGGAGUAGAACACCCCCACAGAGCAUGAGUGCAACCAGGUUGUCACCGACGUUGAGUCGAGCAUCGGUUAAAUCUGAAAUAGCCUCGAUCAAUGGAAAUUGCCGGGCUAGUGCUAUCAUCGAGAGGAAUGAACAGGUGCCGGUGGUCAAAAUGAGGGGGAGUAAGUGUUGUCAUGAGUGCGGGGUCAGGAGGAGUAAUACGACUGGGAAGGAGCAUCGGAAGAGUGCUUACACCGAUGGAGAACAGUCGUCCUCGGAUUCAGCCUCCCCCAACAUUUCCAUGCAGAUGAAGCACAAGUUGUUGCACAGAAGAUCAGUAGAUAAUAUCGUCGUAAAUUCACCGUCAACUUCGUUAGAACAUUCCAGUCCCGAGUCAGUGAAGAGUGUACCGAUACGAUUAAAACCGAGAUCAACGUCUCACGAUGCAAUUGCCAGGAAGAAAGAUCGUCUUUUACAUCAUGAAGGAGCUGCAUCAAUGGACAGUCUGGCCAAGCAGGCGUUACUAGCUGCACAAGUUCUCAAUUUAAUUCCCGCCCAGAAAGCUCGGGAAAGGAAUUUCUUACACGGUCGAAUCGCCGCGAACUCUCUCCUGGGUCCCCGGGAGCUCGAGAAGGUCCUGCCAAAUCGUGAAAUCAAGAUUUUCGUGGGCACAUGGAACAUGAAUGGCCAAAGUCCCCCGAAAGAAUUGAAUGACUUCAUGUUGCCCUCCGAGAUCCAAACGAUCCCCGACAUCCUGGCGAUUGGAACUCAAGAGUCCUGCUCGGAGCGAUCAGAAUGGGAGGCAGCACUUCAAGAGACACUGGGGCCAUCCCACGUGCUGUUGACCAGCACAAGCCUUGGCACACUCCAUCUAGCCCUGUUUUUACGCAGGGACCUCGUGUGGUUCUGCUCAGUACCCGAGGAGGACAGCUUCUCUACUAGACCUGGCACCGCCUUCAGGACCAAGGGAGCAGUGGCACUCGCACUCAUUAUCUUUGGCACUAGUUUCCUAUUCGUUACUGCUCAUCUUACGGCACAUCAGGACAAGGUCAAGGAGAGGGUGCACGACAUCAAGAAGAUCGUCAGGAAUCUCGAUUUGCCGAAGGAAUUACCGACCAAGCAUAGCAAGAGUAAAGAUGUGACACAGAAUUUUGAUUGUGUCUUCUGGUGUGGAGACUUGAAUUUCCGUCUGGCUCAGCCCCGUGAGGAGGUAAUCCAGUGGGUGUCAGACGCAUGUUUUCCCCAAACGACCCCUGUAAAUCUCGGCAAAGAUCAACUACGUAUGACAUUAAACGAGGGCGCAGUAUUACGUGGCUUUGAGGAGGCACCAAUAACAUUUCCACCGACCUACAAAUACGAUCCUGGUACACAGACAUUCGACUCAAGCUCCAAGCAACGUGCACCAGCAUACACAGAUCGUAUUUUAUUCAAGGGAAAGGGACACACUCGUGGCUACAUGAGACGAGUGAGUCAUGAUACUUCAAACUCCCAUAAAGAUGGCAAUAUCGAGUGUCUGGUGUAUGACUCGGUGCCUAGUAUUUGCACGUCCGAUCAUAAACCAGUUUGGGGGGUAUUCAAGACAACUGUGAGGCCUGGAAUCGAUACAAUACCACUGGCUGCUGGACUAUUCAAUCGAGACGUCUACCUCGAGGGAAUUAAACGACGUGCAAUUGCCAUGGGCGACUCGUACAGUUCAUCAAAAGUCUGCGCACUACAAGUAACGUAAGCACAUGUUUAUUAAAGGGACUGUCCUCAUUCAACUCAGUAAUUCUCUGUGUUACCGAAUACUAUUUAACGAUAAAUAUAAUCAAAAUCUCGUCGAAUUCACAGAUGAGAAUAUUCUAAAGGAUUCUCGAUAUUUCCAGGUGAGCUGCUUUUCUAUAGCUGAUAAUGAAUCCGAAAAAUUUGGAUAUGCAUUGAGUAACAGAGUGGUGAAGCAGGAUAAGUCAAUAGGGAACUUGCAUGAAGCUCACUUCUUUCUAGUUCCCCUAUUCAGACAUUCUUCAUAACAUAUGGAUAGCUAAACGGCGAAAAUUAUGGAGAAAUAUUGCCUACAUGUCUAGAAGACGGUCAGGUAACGCAUUAUUGGUCGAAAAAAAAAGAGAGUGGGGAGUUGUCGUUCUCCAUUGGCCGAGGGGCACCUCAAGAUUGGGCUAGGUCGGCCCGAGCCAUUCUGUGAUUGGUCCAGCACUCGACCGUCUGUGUGAUGUCAUUAACGAUUUCAAAGCGUUUGAAAUCUUCAACUUUUAACAAUUAAUUAUUAAUUAAUGAGCAAUAUUUCAAACGUUUGUGACUGAAAAAUGAAUUAUUCAGGUCGGAAACUUGAGAUUAGAAAAUUGAAAAUAAUUCAAGUUCCCUAUUCUAGUUGGAGAUAGCUUUUUAGUUUAAUCGGAACCAAAUUCCCGUUUUUUUUCAAAUCAUUCUGUCCGAUACAAAUAUCCAGAUUGAAUAUACCAAUCAUCAACAAGAUUCCAAGAGCGUUUCUGGACUCCUUUUCUUUAUUCCUUGAAAAAAAAGAGAAAAAUUGACGGGGAAACAAUUUCCGGGAAUUUUUCCAUGCGGAGAAAAACUCCGACCACCAAAUCGAUAAAAUGGGCGUUUUUCACGUGGUCGUACAUAAUUAUGUUAAUGAAGUCUGAAGAAGAUGCAUUGAGUUAAUGUUACCAUUUUUUCUCAUAUUAUACAUUAAAGUGAGGUUCAAAAAACCUCACGUUAAAUUCAGUUAACGACCAUCUCGUCUCAAGUUCUGCAUAAAAAUUACACCAUCUCCUUUCAAUCUCAAGAUAUUAAGUGACGAAAUUGACGGUAAACAUGAGUUAAUUUAUCCAGUUUCACCACUCUCUUAUCAAAUUAAAUAUUGAAAAAUGUUUUGGACAGUUUUCCAAAGGGAAAACCGAAAAAAUGGAUAUAAAUAAUAGGCUAAUAUCGAGGCGACGUAAGGGGAUCUGCCUUAUUACAUGCCUUACCGGAAAAUGGCAAAGACUUGAGAAAUUGUCGCUAUGAAAUGUUUCUGAUUGAUGCCAAUGUAUUUAAUCUAUAGAUUCAAAAUUGUUGAUAUCUUAAUCGUUUGAUUGAAGAAAAAAAUAUUACAUGGAAAUUAUUAUCGCAUAACUGAAAUACCAGAAAAGACUCGCAAAAAGUGCUAAAUGUACAUCAAGUACGAGACUAUAUCUCUGACUUAUUGGUACUCUAUUCAUUUUUUUAAAAUGAAUGCACUGUUGUCUACUGUGAUACGUAACAUUUGAUGUAUAGCACAUGAAAUAAUGGAGGAAAAUUGUGGGAGUUUGAAAUUUCGUCGAAGGUCCUAAAAGUAGCCAAAUAUGAAACAAUAAUUUAUCUCGUCAAUACACCAAGCACAGUGGUAAAAUAGAAUGUUUAUAUUUCAGGAAUUUGAAUCGGUACUGCACAAACUUUUCAAUAGGAUGAAAUGUAGAAUGUUUCUACUGAAAUAAAGAGACUCCAUUAUCAAA